AUGGGCGAUACGCCGCUCGUCGCGCCGGCGGCCGCACUCGAGGAAGAAACGCCGCGCCGUGCGCCCCGCUCACGAAAACUCCCCAGCCGCCUGCGCUCGCCGUCGCCGUCGCCUGUGACGCCGAUGGCAAAGGCGCCGCGGUGCCGGACAGAGACACCAAAAGAAACAAAAGACUCGCCCGCGUUCGCACAGCGCGCGAGCGCGCCUGCUGUGCCGGCGCACACAGUCAAGACGUCGCCGGCGCCGAGUCCUUCGCCCGACCCCGAGGAAACGGGGCCAGGGAAGCGCCACCGGCGGCCGAGCACCAUGUACAAGCCCCCCGAGGCACUUACUGCGGAACAGGCCAAGGCAGCGUCGGCUUCGCCGCCGAUGCCCACGCCACGCACCAAGAAUAGCGCACGGAGCGCCAAGAGCCCUGCGCCGCAAGUGCGGCCAGCGCCGAAGCGCACUACGCCCGAGCCGCUCGAGCGGCCGGAGCACGCGCCGGCGACCUUUACGCGCCACGGCGAGCGGAUCGUGCCGCCGCCACGGCGAGAGGCGCCGCGGCCCGCCGACAUGUCGGGCAUCAUGAGCCCGAAACCGGUACGUACCGCAACAGGCGUCUGGCGCCCGCUGCCUGUGACGGUGGACGAGGAGGAGGACGACGACGACGAUGAUGACGACGAAGGCGACGUCGUCCAGCGCUCGGCGGACCUCGCGCACCAGGCGUGGUCGAUUGCCGUCUUUGGGCAGCCCAAGCCGGGUGCGGCCGUCAAGAGCGUAGUCUUUGCCAGCGACCACACCUGGCCGUCGAACGCCGCGCCGUCGAACGAGUCGGACGGCGAGGAAGACGACUUCCACCGGACGAUGCUCCACGACCCCGAGCUCGAUCUCCUGACACACGUCCCGUCGCCAUCGCAAGAUGGGAGCGAUGCGUCGGACGGCAUCAUGACCGACGGCAACGUUACGACGCCCGCGUCGUGCACCAAGGAAGGCUCGCCGUUGACCAGCGAGCCGUUCGGUACGCGCUCGCCGUCGGUGAAGCAGUCGUCGCCCGACCACGCCGAGGUGCCGAGCAAUGCCGUGUUCCAGCACGCGCUCCCGGUGCCGAUGCGCACCACCGAGUCGGCGCACGCAGGAGCGCUCACCCUCUCGUUGCCGUACGACGCGCUCGCGGCGCCAACGCCGUUGGAUACAGAGUCGCGCGAUCCGGCGCUUGAUGCCGACGGCGAGACGCCGCUGACGCCGAUCCACACCAUCACUGCACAAGAGAUGGCGGAGCGGUCCGUGCCAAAAGACAAGAGUGCGUCGCCCGUGACGCUCGCGGCGCUCAUUCCGCCGUCACUCCCUUCGGACGCCGCGCCGCCGGUGGCGCGCGAGUCGCUGCACGACGCCGCGCCGCUCUUUGACGCAUCCUCGAGUGCGACUGCGCCCGAGCCGAGUGCGCCCGAGCCGGCGCACUGGCUCGACCCCACGCCGUCGCAAAUGGCGACGCACGCCUCGCUGCACCUCACGAUGCAGGAGGCGCAAGGCGACAGCGACGUCGACACCUACUUCAGCUCGCCGGAGGAGAUGAUGGCGCUCACCGACCUCGACCUUGCGUGGGACUCGGCGCACCUCCGCGACGAAGACAAACGCGCGCCGCACGCGAAACGCGCGCGGCGCGCCGACGCCAAGUGCGCUCCGGCACGCCCCGAGACACGCCGGAUGCCGCGCCUGCGCAAUCGCGCUUCGUAG